CUCUUUCUCUGUCUUUCUCUCCUAUCCUAACCAACAUGGCCGCUAAGUCGGAUGGAGCAGCGGUGUCUGUGGAAGAUGACAACACGCCCAGGAGCCACUCGGAGCCGGGGAUCCCCGCCGCCCGGCCCCGCUGCAGCGCCGCCGGCGGCGGGAAGCCCUACACCCCGCUGGACUGCUGCUGGGUGCUCUGCGCCCUGCUCGUCUUUUUCUCCGACGGCGCGACCGACCUGUGGCUGGCCGCCGACUACUACCUGAGGGGCGACUACUGGUGGUUCGGCUUGACGCUCGUCUUCGUCGUGGUGCCCUCCGCCGUCGUCCAGGUCUUGAGUUUCAGGUGGUUCGUGUACGACUACUCGGAGCUGAGCUGCGGGGACGGAGCAGCGAGCGGCAGCCGCGCGGUGGCGGCAGGCGCGGCAUGCGGAGCAACCACGGCGAGCGACAACACUUUAAGCACCAAGGACAGCGAGCAGCGCGGUGGCUGCGCGGCGACGGGGAACGCCGCGAAUGCUACCCCGGUUUACACGUCCUCUGCCCCGCCUGCGACGGUCGGGAGAGUAGGGCCCCCCCGGAGGUGCUGCACCGUCUGCAUGUGGGUCUUUCAAACCGUGCUUCAUGUUCUGCAGCUGGGGCAAGUGUGGAGGUACAUCCACGCCCUCUACCUGGGCGCCCAGAGCCGUUUGCAUAGCAACGGGCCCCGUCGCCACUUCCACUGGCGGCUGAUGUUUGAGAGCGCUGACAUCACCAUGCUGCGCCUCCUGGAGGCCUUCUUGAAGUCGGCCCCGCAGCUCGUCCUCCAGCUGAGCAUCAUGAUCCACGGAAACACCGUCCUCCCUCUGCAGGGUCUCUCGGCCUCGGCCUCCCUGGUCUCUCUUGCCUGGAUGAUCGCCUCCUACCAGAAGGUUCUCCGGGACUCCCGCGACGACAAGCUGCCCAUGUCCUACAAGGCCGUGAUCACCCAGAUGCUGUGGCACUUCUUCACCAUCGGGGCGCGGACCGUGGCCUUUGCCCUCUUCGCCUCCGUCUUCCAGCUCUACUUCGGCAUAUUCAUCGUCAGCCACUGGUGUGUCAUGACAUUCUGGAUCAUCCAAGGUGAGACCGACUUCUGCAUGUCCAAGUGGGAGGAGAUCAUCUACAACAUGGUGGUGGGCAUCAUCUACAUCUUCUGCUGGUUCAAUGUCAAGGAGGGCCCCAGCCGUUUCCGCAUGACCGUCUACUACUCCGUGACACUGGCCGAGAACGUGGCGCUGACCGCCGCCUGGUACACCUACCGCGGCCCGCCCACCUCCGACUCCUACGCCGUAGUGGUGGUGUGCCUGGUGGCCUGCAGCUUUGCCCUGGGAACCUUCUUCAUGCUGGUGUACUACUGCUGGCUGCACCCUGACGGGCCGGUUCUGGGCUCACAGUGGGGAGGCUGUGUGGAUGAGGGUGUGGUGGGUGCGGGAGGGGUAGUGGGAGUGAUUGACGCUUGCCUCACUCCAUCCCAAGGGUCCCAAACGGACAUGGUCAUUACCAGCCCUCCGAGGACUCUCCCCAGGACUAAAGACACGGGGGAGCCGGUUCCCGGGGAGCGAGACAAGGACAGAGACAGGGACAGUUGCCUGCCCGUGUUCCAGGUUCGUCCCUCUCCUUCAUCCUCACCUGCAUUCCUUCACAGGACCUCAUCGUCAUCCCGCGCACAGGAGGGCCCAGUGAUCCGGAUCGACCUGCCGAGGAAGCGAUACCCAGCCUGGGAUGCGCACUUUAUCGAUCGCCGCCUCCGCAAGACCAUUCUGCUUCUGGAGACCACGUCAGCCGUCAGCCCCAGGAUUCAGUACAGGAGUAGCAUGAUGGGCAGCAAAGAGGUAUUAGAAUAUGAAACAACUGUCUAAGCCAAAAAGGGAUUUUAAAUUUAAAGGUGCAGUCUGGAACCAAGGCUCAGCCUGAGAUCAGUUCUCAUCCCAGGACUACCUACGCCAGGAGAAACAUGGAAAGGAGACACCGAGUGUCAGCCAACUCUAAAAAAAAACGAGGUUGUCAAAACUUGAUUGUAAAAUGUGAAGCGCAAUCUGGGACCAAAGCUCUCCCCUUAGGGCGCAGUCCAGGAGUACGUAGCAUGAAUGAGCCGUGGGAAGUUAAUGGAGUAACACUGAACUGGGAUAAUCUUCGUCUUUUCUAAAAUGCUUGGAGCUGAGAAAUGUAAUUUCUCAUCCUGGGACCAAGGAGUGUUAGAUUUAGUUUCAUCCUGCAUGGUCAGAACAGGAAGUAAAAGGAUUUGAGAGCGAGGAAGUCGCGGAGUUUGAGAUAAUUGAGAAACAGUCUGCUGCAUGAACUUGAGACUUGGACCCCGGAGACUCAACAAAGACUUAACAGGGAACUUUUAAAGACUGGAGUUUGCACGGGACAUGCAAUCUUUUGGUUUGGUAGCAAAUUAGACACUGCAGAGAAUGGAGACUAUCUAAUAAAUAUUGCAUAAGGGAUUUUCUUUUGAGGGCAAAAAAUAACUUGAUGCCUCAGUUAAAACUGAGUUAAAUUUGGCUGAAAAAUGAUGUUUUUGUUGGUUUUUAAAUCUAGAUUACAUACAGGGGCGAUUCUAGGAUCAGACCUUUAGGGGGACUCAGCCCCUAAUGAGAAUGUGAC